AUGAUGCCCCCACCUCUACCGUCCCAAGGGCCUCCUAUGAUGGGCACGCCACCCAUGCCUGGUGGAGGUCCUCCCAUGCCUCCAGCGAUGCCGAUACCACCUGUUCGAGUACCAUCAGAAGGGGUCAUCAACACCCGCCCUACAGGGGGUUCAAGAAGACCCGCGUACAAAUUGGGGACGAGCGGGGUCCGACGAGGCCUCCUCUUCGCCUUCCAUCUCGACCCUAGAGCGGAUAUGGAGCUGCUCAAUGAGAUGUUCAGAGUGGCGGCGGCACCAGCUGACGAUGAGAAGCAGACUACUUCUACUACUGCAGAACGCGAGGAGGCUAUAGAGUCGAUCAAUGACCAGUUCAUACAGCUUUGGAGGGUUCCGGGGGAGACCUUCGCUGUUGCGGAAUACCGUUCGUGUGGGGCGGCGUUCAAGGCACAGCGAGCCCUUAGUGGGAUACGAUUGUUUGGUCGAGAGAUAUACGCUAGGGUGGACAGGCGGACCCAAGACAUGAUGCAUCACUGGAGGGGUGUCAGAGGCAGAGAGGUUGCUAAUAGGAUUGCCAAGGAGGGGUAUGAGGUGCCCAGCAACCUUAUGGACUUGGUGGAUGAUGAGAUAUACCAGUUGGUAGUAUUGGGCCAUGGGGGGUAUACAUCUGAUUGA